UCCUCCCACCCUGCAAAACAAAACAAAAAAAUCUGAAAGAAAGAAAGAAAUGUAAAGCAUGCCAAAAUUUGAGCACCACCACCUGAGAGCAAGGCUGAGGACGGUUGUCCUGGCAGGUUUUCAAAGCAGAUGUUUCUGGUUGCUUCCUCCGGCCACAGAAAAGUCCGCCUGGUUUUAAGUAACAGAUCUUCUCUGUGAUUCCCCCCCCCAUGUGGAUUAGCUACAGGAGUUGCUGUUAAAUCAACUUGCUAUGUGAAGCUAUUGGUUCUAAACUAAUUAACCUCUGGAGGUUGUCCACCAUAAUUCUAGUCUCAUGUGGUCAUGAAGUGAUAAGAAUGCUCUGAUAGUCAUUGGUAGCAGGAUUCCCUGCUUGUGGUCAUUCUGUGUUCUUUAGGGGAAAAAAAUUACAUUAUCAGCUCAAGGGCUGUGUAUUUUCUGGGGGCAGGGUUCUGUGCAUUCAUAAAUGUUCUGAAGUCAUUUAAAAAGAAAAUGUGGGGCAUCAUGUUUGGAAAGCUCAGCUGCCUGAAACCUCGUCCUGAGUGAUUUCCAGCAGACUAGCAGCUCUGCAUCUAAGCUUCGAAGAAAAAAAAAGAAAGCUUUCUCGGAAAGUUCGAGCUCCUGCAGCAGAACCUUUAAGCCCAGGAUGAUUCCAUCGAAUGCCACCGAGGUGAUGCCCUUUCUGACCACACUGUGGCAGGGGACAGUUGAAGAGGGCGGCAACAACAUGUCAGGCCUGGCCCGCAGGUCGCCCGGCCGUGAUGACAGCCAGCUGGCGGCGCUCUACGUGCUCAUGGUGCUUGGCUUCUUCGGCUUCUUCACCCUGGGCAUCAUGCUGAGUUACAUCCGCUCCAAGAAGCUGGAGCACUCCCACGACCCGUUCAAUGUAUACAUCGAGUCUGACACCUGGCAGGAGAAGGACAAGGCGUAUUGCCAGGCCCGUGUUCUGGAGAGCUACAAGGCAUGUUAUGUCAUCGAAAACCAGCUGGCCGUCGAACGCCCCAACACACACCUUCCCGAGAUAAAACCUUUGUCAUGACCCCACAGUCGGUUAAAACUGGACAAAUCUUACUUGGCAAUCUGAUUUUUCUAAUCAUGUGCCUUUUAUAUUCUUUAUUGUAGGGAUGUAAUUGUAAUUGGGUUUUUUUUUUCUCUUGUAAGGGGUGAAGGAUGGAUUCAUGACACUAUUUCUCUAAAAUCACAUUUCUUCUGUGAUGGCUGCCAGCUGUUCCCCAGUAUCUGUCUCUGCCUUGUUAAUUUUAGCAGCAUUCCAGCGAUCAUGACCUCUGAGAAUAAAAGCUAUAUUUCCCAGA